AUGGCAAAAAAUAAGUACUCGGGAGAUAAGAGUAAUGCACCAGCAAGAAAUAAUUCGCAGGCAGUAAGCAACCAGAGAACUUGGCGCGAAGGAAAUAAAAUAGUCAGUGAACAGGCAGUAGGAAGAUAUGAACACAAUGGAAGAAACAAUUGGUCAAAAUAUGAAAGUAUGUCAAGGAAUGAGGUACAGAUAGACAGAACAGGAGGAAGACCAGGAGGUCAAAAUAAUUACGUUGUGACAAAAACAAGAUAUAAUGUGGAAGUCCAGACAGAAAGAAGAGAGUACAGUCCUAGGGAGAUGAAUAACAAAGGAGGGUAUUUGGAAAACAAACCGUCUGGAAGAAAUAGUAAUAACUAUUAA